CUGAGCAGAGAAAAAAAAGCAGAUUUUUUUUCCAUAAAACCCUCAACCCCCCCCAAAAAAACCCUAGAAAUUCCCCCAGAAUCAAAUCUCCUUCCAAUCCCCUAAUUUCCCCCGAAAUUGAGAGGCAGUAUAGCCACAUGUACUGGUUAGCUACGCGAAACGUUGUCAUUUCAAUCCCCAGAUGGCGUUCUCUUGCCCUUCUCCUUCGUUCCCCUCUCAACAAGCAUGCUUCUUAUAACCCUUCACCACUUAUCCUUGGGGGGCAGUUUGGGCGGAUACACUGUUUCAAAGAUCAGAAGACUUUGAGAGGAAACACCAGGAAAUAUAAGGCAGCAGAUAAAUCCCUAGAUGAUAAGGAUCAUUCUCACAUAGUCUGGUGGAAAGAGAGACUGGAGUUGUGCCGCAAGCCGUCCACUCUCAAUUUGGUUAAGAGGCUUGUGUAUAGCAAUUUGCUUGGUGUGGAUGCCAACCUGAAAAAUGGCAGUUUGAAAGUAGGAACACUAAAUGCAGAGAUUUUACAGUUCAAGUCAAAGUUCCCACGUGAAGUUUUGCUUUGCAGGGUUGGGGAUUUUUAUGAGGCCCUCGGGAUAGAUGCUUGCAUUCUUGUAGAAUAUGCUGGUUUGAAUCCUUUUGGUGGUCUGCGUUCAGAUAGCAUUCCACGAGCUGGCUGUCCUGUUGUGAAUCUACGACAAACUUUGGACGAUCUAACGCGAAAUGGUUUUUCAGUGUGUAUUGUGGAGGAAGUUCAAGGUCCAACACAAGCCCGCUCUCGUAAAGGACGUUUUAUAUCCGGGCAUGCUCAUCCAGGUAGUCCGUAUGUGUUUGGACUUGUUGGGGUUGAUCAUGAACUUGAUUUUCCAGAGCCAAUGCCUGUUGUUGGUAUAUCACGUUCUGCAAGGGGAUAUUGCAUAACUUUUGUGUUAGAGACUAUGAAGACAUAUUCAUCAGAGGAUGGUCUUACAGAAGAAGCAUUGGUAACCAAGCUACGAACUUGUCGAUACCAUCACCUAUUUCUCCAUUCAUCAUUGAGAGACAAUGCUUCAGGAACUUCCCGUUGGGGGGAAUUUGGUGCAGGAGGCCUGUUGUGGGGAGAAUGCACUGCCAGGCAAUUUGAAUGGUUUGGAGGCGGUCCUGUCACUGAGCUACUGUACAAGGUAAAGGAGCUUUAUGGGCUUGACAAUGAGGUUACUUUCAGAAAUGUUACUGUUCCUUCAGAAAAUAGACCCCGUUCUUUAAGUCUAGGAACUGCAACACAGAUUGGUGCCAUCCCCACAGAGGGGAUACCUUGUUUAUUGAAGGUGUUGCUUCCACCACAUUGCACUGGGCUACCUGCUCUGUAUAUUAGAGAUCUUCUUCUUAAUCCUCCUUCUCAUGAGAUUGCAUCCGCAAUUCAAGCAACUUGCAAACUAAUGAGCAGCAUCAAAUGCUCAAUUCCUGAGUUUACUUGUGUCUCAUCUGCAAAGCUUGUGAAGCUACUUGAACUAAGGGAGGCCAACCAUAUUGAAUUUUGCAGAAUAAAAAAUGUUGUUGAUGAAAUAUUGCACAUGCAUAGAAGCAUCAACCUCAGAGAAAUUCUGAAAUUAUUGAUGGAUCCUGCAUGGGUGGCCACAGGGCUGAAAAUAGACUUUGAAACACUGGUUAAUGAGUGCGAAUGGCUUUCAGAUAGAAUUGGUCAAAUGAUUUUUCUGGAUGGUGAAAGUGAUCAAAAGAUUAGUUCUUAUGCCAAUAUUCCCGGUGAAUUUUUUGAGGACAUGGAAUCUUCAUGGAAAGGGCGAGUCAAGAAGAUCCAUAUAGAAGAAGAAGUUGCCGAAGUUGAAAGGGCAGCUGAGGCCUUAUCUUCAGUGAUAACUGAAGAUUUCCUCCCCAUUGUCUCAAGAAUAAAAGCCACCUCAGCUCCACUUGGUGGACCAAAGGGAGAAAUCUUAUAUGCUCGAGAACAUGAAGCUGUUUGGUUUAAGGGGAAACGGUUUGCGCCAGCCGUAUGGGCUGGUACUCCUGGAGAAGAACAAAUUAAGCAGCUUAAGCCUGCUUUAGAUUCAAAAGGUAGAAAGGUCGGAGAGGAAUGGUUUACUACAAUGAAAGUAGAGGACGCUUUAACGAGGUACCAUGAUGCCGGUGCAAAGGCAAAGGCAAGGGUUUUGGAAUUGUUAAGAGGACUUUCUACCGAGUUACAAACCAAGAUAAAUGUCCUCGUCUUUGCUUCUAUGCUGCUUGUUAUUGCAAAGGCAUUAUUUGCUCAUGUGAGUGAGGGGAGAAGAAGGAAAUGGGUUUUCCCUACACUUACAGGUUUUAGUAGUUCUAAGAGUGGCGAAUCAUGUGAUGAAACGAAAGGAAUGAAGAUAAUUGGACUGACACCGUAUUGGUUUGAUGUGUCCGAAGGCAGUGCUGUGCUUAAUACGGUUGAUAUGCAGUCAUUGUUUCUUUUGACAGGACCAAAUGGUGGUGGUAAAUCAAGUUUACUUCGAUCAAUUUGUGCAGCUGCAUUACUUGGAAUAUGUGGAUUUAUGGUUCCUGCUGAAUCAGCCUUUAUUCCUCAAUUCGAUUCGAUAAUGCUUCACAUGAAAUCAUAUGAUAGCCCAGCUGAUGGAAAAAGCUCAUUUCAGGUAGAAAUGUCAGAGAUGCGAUCUAUUGUUAAUGGAGCCACUUCAAGGAGUCUCGUGCUUAUAGAUGAAAUUUGCCGAGGAACAGAAACAGCGAAAGGGACGUGCAUUGCUGGUAGCAUUGUCGAGACUCUUGAUGAAAUUGGGUGUCUAGGUAUCAUAUCGACUCAUUUGCAUGGAGUAUUUAGUCUACCACUUUCUACCAAAAACACCGUACAUAAAGCAAUGAGUACAGAAUACAUUGACGGGCAAAUAAUACCUACUUGGAAGUUGGUAGACGGGAUCUGUAGAGAAAGCCUUGCAUUUGAAACAGCAAAAGUGGAAGGACUUGCUGAGGCAAUAAUACAAAGAGCCGAAGAACUUUAUUCGUCAGUCUAUACAAAAGAAGCAUCUUCUGGACUAUUCAACGCACAACUUACACAGUUUGGUUCCAAAGGAGCUCAAACAAGAUCGCUCAGUCAUAAGCCUAAGCCAACAAACAAAAUGGAAGUCUUCAAGGAUGUCGAGACUGUUGUUACAUUAAUAUGUCAGAAGAAGCUAAUGGAACUCUAUAAACUGAAAAAUACAUCGGAUGUCCCUGUCUUUAACUGUGUUGCUAUUGCUGCAAGGGAACAGCCGCCUCCAUCAAUUAUCGGUGCUUCUUGCGUAUAUGUCAUGUUCAGACCUGAUAAGAAACUAUACAUUGGAGAGACGGAUGAUCUUGAUGGUCGAAUUCGUUCGCAUCGUUCAAAGGACGGGAUGGAAAAUGCUUCUUUCCUAUAUUUCACAGUUCCAGGGAAGAGUAUUGCUCGCCAACUCGAAACUCUUCUAAUCAACCAACUCUUAAGUCAAGGCUUCCCGAUCGCCAACUUGGCUGACGGUAAGCAUCAGAAUUUUGGCACAUCCAGUCUCUCAUUUGAUGGCAUAACCGUAGCCUAACGAGUUAAAAUGUAUAUCAAUACGUAAUUUAUAUCGAAAUCGACAUAGAAGUGGCGGCAGCAAUUUUGCCUUUGAUCUCGGUUGCUCCACUUGCUUUGUACAUGCAUCACCCUUUUAACCAAGGGUAAAGUUUUCUAGUCAUAAUUUAAUAGCAUGUAUCUAUUAAGUCCAUUUUGAGGUUUAUAUGAAUCAGGUUUUCAUCAUUAAUUGGUUAAAUUCUGUUAUUA